AGUUUUAUUCAGUAUUUCAGUUCACCAACCUCCCUGAUUUUUGAAACAGGGAGAAGAAGAGUCCAAAAUCCGAAAGGAUGGAUGAAGCUGGCCAAAUCCAAGUUCCAAGGGUUAAAUUGGGCAAUCAGGGACUUGAGGUCUCAAAAUUGGGGUUUGGAUGCAUGGGCCUGUCUGGAGUCUACAACUCUCCUCUUGCUGAUGAGGAUGGAAUCUCAAUAAUAAAAGAGGCUUUCAAUAAAGGAAUCACUUUCUUUGACACAGCUGAUGUAUAUGGACCUCAUUUGAAUGAAAUUCUUGUCGGAAAGGCGCUGAAGCAGUUGCCAAGAGAAAAAAUUCAAUUAGCCACGAAGUUUGGUAUUGUUGGAAGAGUGGAUCCUCCUGGUAUUACAGCCAAGGGUACUCCGGAGUAUGUCCGCUCAUGCUGUGAGGCUAGCUUGAAGCGUCUUGAUGUGGACUACAUUGAUCUGUAUUAUCAACAUCGGGUGGACACUUCGGUGCCUAUAGAGGAAACUAUGGGUGAGCUGAAGAAACUGGUGGAAGAAGGAAAAAUAAAAUAUAUCGGGUUAUCUGAAGCCAGUCCGGACACCAUAAGGAGGGCUCAUGCAGUUCAUCCCAUCACGGCUCUACAAAUGGAGUGGUCCCUCUGGACUCGUGAUAUUGAGGAAGCAAUUGUUCCACUUUGCAGGGAGCUUGGCAUUGGAAUAGUUCCAUAUAGUCCUCUUGGUCGUGGGUUUUUCGGUGGGAAAGCAGUUGUGGAAAGUGUGCCUUCAAAUAGUUUCGUGUCGACACAUCCUCGGUUCAUAGGAGAAAACUUGGAGAAGAACAAGAACAUUUACAAUCGCAUGGAAAGCCUUGCUAAGAUACACCAAUGCUUUCCUGCUCAACUAGCACUAGCAUGGGUUCUCCACCAAGGAGAUGAUGUUGUACCUAUCCCCGGGACAACAAAGAUUAAGAACCUGGAUGCAAACAUUGGCUCCUUGAAGGUGAAACUUGGGAAAGAGGACUUGAAAGAAGUUUCUGGUGCUGUACCACUCGACCAAGUCGCUGGUGACAGAACUUAUGGAAGCCUGAUGCCUUUGCAAUGGAAAUUCGCCAACACUCCGCCGAAAGAAUCCAAGGUCUGAGGACUUUGACAUUACAUUGUAUUCUAUUUUCUGCAAUUUGGCCAAAUGAAGUGAAACUUGCAAUUUCUUAAAUACUCUGACCCACACAAUGUAAGAGGGCUCUACAUAUGAUGUGUAUUUUCUGUUUUGGCACAAACUAGAAAUUAUCACAUUGCCUUUGAAUCUC